AUGAAUAAAGGUGGGAAUAAUGGUGAAAAUAGGCCUGUUCCUAUGGGUGACAGAAUAAGCAACCGGAGUCUUGCAGUGCCAGGCGUCAGGAAGCCUUCAGGAAUAAAACUACUAGAAUUCGAUGAAUUACCCGCUUUUGGCCCAAAAGCUAAACAACUUCGUAAAGAAAAAGAACGUGAAGAAAAACUAAGACUGAAGCAAGAAAAGGAAGAACGGGCUCGUGAAAACAAGGCUGCUCGAGAAGCCUCCAAAUUAGCUCGUCAGUCUGAACGGCAAGCUUUACUUGAAGCCCGCAGACAAAAUGCAUCCAUCACACCUUUGUGGUCAAAUAAUUAUGAUGAAUAUUCGGGAGAUAUUAAAACUGGUAUGCAAGGUAUGUCAAUGAAUCACACAUCUGAAUUCAUAAAAUUGGAUCCAACAGCUUACGAAACUAAACCAUCUUUUGCUAUGUUAUCGAGAAAUUCCAUUCAACAUUUACAGCAUAGAACAGAAAUCAGUAAUCGUGGCCAGUUUCCAGUUCGGUUCACGAAUCCCGCAUCCAUGAAUAUUCAAAAUCCUGUUAUUUCUACAAAAAUGGAUGUUGAUAUAAAACCUGUGAUUCACCAUCCACUUUUGUCAGCAUCUGUUACUACCGGUUCUGAUAGUAACGCAGUGUAUGCAGAAGAUGAAGAGGAUGAUGAUGAUGACUCUGAUGAUGAUAUGAUGCAAAAUAGUAAAUCUGGAGUAUACACACUGGGAUUUCCUAAGAGUUUAAGUUUUAACUCAUCGUUUGGUACUAAUUUAUGUGGUAUACAAUCUACUGGCUUUCCAUCUAUUGGAUCAUCUCAGUGCUCUGUUCCUAUGACUUCACAGGUUGAGGUUUACACAUUAAGCUCUCCAUCGAAAUCAGUCGAUAAAGUACCAGUUUCCAGUUUAGGACAAGCCCGUCAUGUCAAAUGCCUUCCCUUCAGUAAUACUUCACUUUCCUUCACAUCUCCCAGCACUGUAUCUCUGACGCAAACACCUAGUACACCUGUCAAUCACAUUCGAUUAAUCAGACCCAAUGUUCCACAGCCAACUACAGGUGGAGUCAUUAAAGUUGUGAACACUCCUUCAUCUGACUCAUCUGUUCGAAUUAUUUGUCUAGUGGAUCAAAAUACUUCCAAAACUACCCCAAAUGUUAUAACCCAAUCCGGAAAAUCUAAUAUUUUCAUGUCACAAGAUAUGUUGAAUGCAAAUGUCAGUCAUGGAUUGACUGAAAAUAUUGUACUGUCUCCGGAAUCAAUGUAUCCAACAUCGUCAUCCGGUGCACAAAUGUUACCUCAGAAAAUUGCAGCUGCCCCUUCUGAAUCAGUUCCACUUAAGGUUAUCAAUAAUCCGAUUCAACCUAUUCGCCCUAAACCUGAUUCAAGUAGUCCAUUAGUUUGUAUUGCUCCUCGUCCACCUCGUUUAGUCCAGUUAACUUCGUCAACUAGCAUAUAUGAAAACACCGUUUCCCCGCAACCAAUUUUAAGCUCACCUGGAGGUAAUCGAAUGUAUAUAUCAUCAUCGUAUCCUGUGCAACAAACACCCGUUGGUGGCAUAAGACCAUCUAAUUCUCCAGUUUUAAUUGACAAUAGACCUGUUGUUUUUGCAUCAACUCCGACUCCUUUAACACCACCACAAGUCCAAUCUCCGCAACCUCAAUCAAUCCAGCGAUUUAGCGUAAUAGCACCAAAAUCAGCAGUUCAGUUAUCAACAAAUCAAACGUAUGUUCAAAUACUACCUCGACCUACGGUGACGACGGUUCAAACCAGAUCACCUGGUGUGACUGUACUGAAGCCAUUUAAUCAAAGCAAAGUUCCUGUAGACUCAGUUGGUGUAACAUCUCAAAACAUUUCUAACCGUCAAGUAAUAGUGUCAAAUGUUUACAAUGAUGGCCUAAAUAAUAAUAAUAAUGUGUUGAAUCCAUGUGGUGUGGCUCCUGUAUCUGUCACCAGCAGUUUUUCAAAUUAUGAUUUAAAUCAGCGUGUUCAAAACGUAAUAAUUAACCAGGAAGUAGACACCAUACAGUCUCCUCAACCUCCAUCAACAUAUGCUAUUACUGGUACUGUUGUUAGCACUUCUACGAACUUAUCAUCUGUGAAAAUCCAAGAUGAUUUGUGUUUGACCGAAUCACAAUUAAGUGUUGUUCAGAGUUUAUUUCAAGGUGCUAAUCGUGUUACUCGACCUGAAAAGGCGAUGAUUAUAUCUUUCAUAGCUGGUUCACGAGAUAAUCCACGUCCAGAUACCGGUCAGACAACUCGUAUUCGCCUUAGUGAACAUAGAGAACGAGUCCUCAAUCAGAGUACUGGUCAACUAAUGGAUUUAGCUGUGGAUACAUAUCUUACUAUGGAUUAUUCGACUGGCAAAUAUGAAAAAGCGAAAGAUACAUCUGGCUCAGGGUUUAUUGGCCCUUUAACCCAAGCUGAAUAUGAACAGUUAUAUCCUCGAACUGAUAAACCUGAUCUGUUAGCUGAAGUAGCUGCUGAAGAAAACGAGUGGAUAGAAUUUGAACGUUUAGAUGAAAAAGAAGCUGUUCAGGCAGGAACUGCAGCUUGGGCUCCUUUAAAACCACCAUUUAUUGAUUCUCAUUUUUCUAUUUGGUCUCUGUCAGAAUCUAUAAGUGCUAGCCAGCUAUACUUAGGUGGAAAGUUACCUCCACCUCCAUCAGCUAACUGGGCAAAGGUAUUACGACGAGACUACACCGCAGAUGAUUACGAAGAAGAAAUGAAUUAUAUGCGUCUUCGAGCUGAGAACGAAAUGAGAUAUGAAGUUGGUGAAUUGGCCCCUGUACGAUAUGCCAUUCAUGUUCAGGUUGCUUCAACGUAUUCAGAAAGUUUGAUGAUUUCAUCAUUGGCUGAAGAUUAUUAUUGUAUAGCAGGUUAUGUUGGCUGGUGUGACUUAUCUGAUCCAAGUCUUCAGGAUCAUAUUCAACAGAUGAGUCAUGAUCCUUUACUUGUUGGUUUACGCUAUGAUGUUAGUGAAAUGGAAGGCGAUUACUUAUUGGAGUCGAUGAUUGACAGUAAUAUCUCAGCAAUUGAACAUCAACAACUUGUAUUUGAUUUAGCCAUUGGACCACAUCAAUUGAGACAUGCAUGUCAUUUAGCCUAUCGUCAUCCAAAAUUAAAAUUAGUACUUAAUCAUUGUGGAUUACCUGUGGAAUUCACAGCAAGCCGACCAGGGGAUAACUUGGCAUGGAAAAAUUGGCGCUCUGACCUGGAAUUACUUAGUCGUUAUCCAAACGUAUAUUGUAAAGUGACCGGUGCUACUGGUCGUAUACAAAAACCUUCGAAAUCAUAUGAUGAAUCAUCCGAUGUGUACAGCACUGACCAGUGGUGUGCUAGUUCAGCUUUAUCUCAUGCAAUUAGCUGUUUUGGACCAGAUCGUUGCCUGUUUGGGUCAGGUUGGCCAGUUUGUCGAUUGUUCAAACCAGAUGAAACCGGUUGGCCUGAACAGGCGUCAGCUUCUGAUCUACAGACGUAUGAUAUACCUGGAGAAUUAGCUGCCAAGCGUUCAAGAGGAUCAGUCCCACUAAAAGUUCUUAACUUAUGGGAAGCUGCCAGAUUGGUGGAAUAUGCGAUGGGUGAGGCUGGUUAUGGAUCGGUUGAAGAUAAAGAAAAAAUAUUUUCUACGAACGCACAAAAUGUCUAUAGUUUGUGUAUUCGACCAUAUGGCUCAUGCCCACGGUAUAAAGCUAAAGAGUGA